GCCGACGAGAAUUGUGUUCGUGGUAUAUUCGUAGGUUAGCGUUUAGUGUUCGCCGGCAAGUAGCUUUUGUACAGUGUUUUAAUAUAUAGAUAUAUAAAUAUAUAUAUAUACAUACAUACAUACAUAUAUAUUUUUCUUAACCGGUUGUUAAACUCGCGAAGGGAAGAGACGGCGUAACCGAUCGAAUUUACGAUACGUCCACGAUUUGACCAAUCACAAAGAAUCAAUUGUAUUUUCGUCUCUCAACGAAGCUUGCUGCGAAUAACGCCGGUACCGCGACGUGUCGUUCACCUUCUCCGGGCCACCAGAGAAGAACCGAGAUUUUUGGAAACGCCGAAAAUAACGCUGUGAUCUUUCCUACUGUUCAACUCGUCCCUGCCGGUCCAAGUGUCGGCAGUUUUUUCCCAACGUGCGACCACGGUCCUUCGUCUCGCGACUCGAUGUCAACGAGGAAACCGUUUACGAUUAGUCGAUCGUAGUCGCGAAUUACGCGCAGCGAGUGUCGCGAGUAACGCGAGUGGGCGUUUGCGUUUGACUGAGGAUAGAGAAGAGAUAGAGGAAAAAGGAAGAGAGCAAGGUAGAGCCGGAGUGAAAAUGGGGUGCAACACGAGCAAGGAGAGUGUCCAGCCGGUAGGGGAUGAAGCGAAGGAGGACGAGAAGAACGGUGACAUCCCGAAGGCGGAAAACAGUCCGACGGAAGUAGAGUCGCAGGAAGCCUCGCAGAAGAAAUCGCAGGAGGCGAAGAAACAGGAGGCUGGUUCGAAGAACUCGAGCGACAGCGGCAAGCAGCAGGAGGCGAAGGAAGAGGGAAAGGACGCGGAGAAAGAGAGGGAAGAGGCCGCGACCAGGAUACAGGCGGCUUUCCGCGGCCAUCACGCCAGAAAGAGUAUGAAAGAGACUGAAUCCUCGACAAAGCAGACGGGGACCAAAUCAAACUCAGAGCCAACCAAAGAACAACUUCAGCAGGAGUUCCGCGCCGACGACAAGGAGCUUUGCGAAGCGGCGACGAAGAUCCAGGCAUCUUUCCGUGGCCACAUGUCGAGAAAGGAGCAGGCUACAGCCCUUGUGAAAUCGGCGGAGGACGCCAUGGAGAACUUGGAGGACAAGGCAAAGGACGCAAUGAACGAGAUCCAGGGUAUCGAUCUGACAGAUCCUGAUCUACACAAGGCGGCAACGAAGAUCCAGGCGAGCUUCCGAGGUCACAAGGUCCGCCAGGAAGUAUUAUCGAAUCCGUCAAACGAUGAGCCGAAGAAUUAAGAGAGAUGAGAAUGGAGUGCUGAUUUUUCGAGAUCGAAUCAUCGACAGGAUGCCCGAUAUGAAACCAAAAAGGAAACGAAAAAAAAUAGAGACAAAAAAAAAAGACAAACAAACCACAUAAACACGAGAGAGAAAAAAAAAUAAAUCGAACGAUCAAGAAACAAUAUAAGCAGUAAAUCGGGCUUCCUUCUUGCUUUUUCGUUUGUCGUCGAGUCCGCUUCGUCCGAUCGUGUGCGAAUCCUUUCGCUGAUCCCUGGGAAAUUUCAUGGUACUUUUUAUCUCCAAAACCGCGCGCAAACGCAUUACUCCGAAUCGUACGUUUACCGCUGUGAUUUGUUUAAAACCGAGCUUACAAGUUUUGUCGUAAACCUUCGGACAUAGAUAACCCUCAUCGAACAAUUUUCCAUCCGAGUUCGUACUUACGUAUUUUUCGUCCUUUCGGAAAUAUAGUAUUACAAAAANAAAAAAAAAAAAAAAAAAAGAGAAAAAAACAUGGACAAAAUUUCAAAUUUGCAUCUUAAAGAUCUAUAUUAUAAGAUUUACGAUUAAAUACGCCCAUCUAUUUCGAACUGGUAUGCUUAUUAUUUAUUAAUAUAUUUUGAAGUGUAUACACGCUACCACGCGUCCGUGGAAUCGUUUAAUCACUAUCCUAGUUACUCGUAAAUUGUCAUUUUGUCGAGCAUAGCCCUGAUAUUUAAAAUGAACGAACAAAACUGGAUAAUCGAACAGAGGUCGACAAAAAGCACCACGUUGCUUGUUACAACACUCGGCACGGCACGUAAUAAGACGAUGGAAUUGAAUCGCAGUGAAAUACGAAAUACGAAAUACGACUGCUGGAAGAAGGCUGUUUCACUGGUUAGGGAAACGAACCGAAAAGAACUAGGCGAAACUAAAAAAAAAACAGGCUGGAGGAUUAAUUGGCCGAAGAGUCGAGCGUAGCAGCAUGCUUUUCACAAAUUCGGAAAAAGGACGCUGCUGAGUGAGCGCGUUUCCUCGAACAGAUCCAAUUAUGCGAAUCGAUUUAAUCGACCGCGUAUCCGGCACGAGGAUUUUCGUUUUCGCGGAACUCGUGCGUUCAAGAUAAACACAAGGUAAACUUCUGAUAAAUUCGUCGGUCCGUUGUUAAUGCGAAAUUUAUUGGCAGUCGACGAAGCUUGGAGAGGAUUAUUUGCGAUCGCGAGCGCCGGUAUAUCGAGGCUGAUUCAAAAUUUUCGAUAGCAGAUUGCGCGGAACGCGCGCUAUAAUUCUGACCGUCUACGACGAGGAACAUCGUCGUAGCUCGACAACUCGGCCAUUCGUAUUGAACAUCCCUGUUUCAUCGUACGCCACUGAUUGUGAGAUUCGUGAAUGAAAACAGUGAAAAAUUGCAAACGUCGAAUAACUGAAAUGUCAAACGGCCACACGCUCGUGAACUACGUGAAAUCACGAGUCUGGUUACUAUUGGAGUGUGGAAUCGUGUCGUUGCUUGCAAGAGGGCCGAGCGAAUCGAUUCAAGGAGAAGAUACGGAGCGAAUGUCGCAGUUGCAAUCUUUGAUAAUCAAUCGAAGUCGAUCGUCAUUUUUGGAGUGUACACACUUGUGACAUCGCCACCAUCGGUAAAUUUCAUUUCGUACUAACAGCAAGUCGAUUGAAUUCGGUCUUAUUGUGUAGUCUUAACGUAAGUCCAACCAGGUAUAAAGAAGAAUAUACAUACUUAUGUAUGUGUAAGUGACACCUACACGAUUGCGAAAACAAUAGACGAUUAUUGGUCGAAAAGCAAAUUAUUCGCUGGUAAGAAGGCGCAUGCCUGAGCAAACAACAUGCUGUUUAAUCGAUAAACGUGUCGUCGAAAUUAUAUCGUUCUAACUUUAAGGAUGUCCAUCCCGUCAUAUACUUGUGUCAUGGAUUAUUUUUCAAAGAUGCAACUACUUUUACGUGUUGGAUAUUAUGCAGAGGCACACGGACACACAUACGUACGGAGAGAUGCUUUUACAACCCCGUAGACGCAAUAAUUCGACGGCACAGGGGUUACAACGCCUCCGGUCGAACUGCCAUGUAACGGGUGCGCGUUUCGUGUCGUACUAUUCUCGUCCAGUCCGUUGUUUUCAAUUAUUUUCGGAUUCGUUUCAAUGCGAGCCAAUCGGGAAGGAGAGUAUACGUUGUUUUUAGCAGGCCUAAAAACGUUACGAUCCUUUUUACGAUCGCUACGAGCAUUCGUACCAACUUUCUUCUGCUGUAUUCUGGCUCUUUUCUCGCGUUGCUCUCGAAGAUCUCCUACGCUUUGCAUUCUUAACGUACUCGACACGAACGUUAUUAUUGAAGAAAGACACGAAAAAUCGAAAUUAAAAAAUACGUGGUAAUCGUUGUUCGACGAAGAAUAUCUUGACGAUAAUGCAUGUAAUGCAAUUAAGAUCAUCCAGAAAAAUUAAAAGAUUCGUCGGUGUGGUUUUCUUUAAACGCAGAUAAGAACAUUAUAUUAAAAUACGCUGUAUGUUUUUCCUGUGUUUAAUCUUUGGUUUCUGCUCGUUAAUUCGUUAGGAGUUAUCUUUAGCUGAUUAUUGGCUGGCUAAAAAUAAUAAACGCAUAGCGCUGUUACUGUUAAUAAUUUGUGCGAAGUACAAAGUUUAUUAUGUGAAAAAUUUUACAAAAUAUUAUUAGCUAUUAUUGUUAUUAUUAAUCUACGUUCUCUUUGUUUCACGUGAUUGUCCAAGGGUGUAGAACGAAGAAAAAUCUUUCGCAAAACUAUCGACCGGUUUCAUUGUGCAUAUACUCAUGUUCCUGGAGUUAUUGCAUAAUUUAUGACGCGCUGAAUCGACCGUGAUAACAUUAAGUGUGCAGCAAGGGCUGUUAUCGUUUUAUCAGUCUCAUUAACGACCUAAUUGUUGACUUUGGUUGUCGUUUAUUUCUCUUGUAAAUAUUUUCGACACGCGUCACCAAUUCUUGCCACGCAUUGUCACGUAUCGUAACAUUCCUACAUAUAUUACAUGAAAUACGAUUGUAUUUUCGAAAAAGUAACUCAGCUACGUGUACAUGCACAAUUAAUAUUACUAAUACUUGGAAACAAAUGUUACACAAAUUUUUGCACUUGUUUCUGAUAAUCGUAAAAAUUUAUGGAAAAAUUAUUAUAUAUAAUAGAGAGAGCAAAUUUUGAAUUUGUGGAAAUAAAGAAAAAAAAAAAGUAUUAAAUACGGAAACUUAAUAUUCCUCAAAGAGCUCGGACUCUGUACAGUAUUCUCGUACUAAAACACACACUACGAAGAAAAUUUGUAUACUAGGCGGUGUAUCGUACAUAUGCCGCAUUUAUUUAUGUUGAUGAGACGAACCUCUAAAGUUUUUUUUCGACAGACAUUAUUUCAACUCCAUUUAUUAUAUUUUCCGGUUAAUACAAAAUCGAUACUGAAUCAUCCGUUGAUCUAUUAAUAAUAGAUAUCAAAGAACUCAUGCACUUGUCAUUGUGCAUGAGAAAAGUAUUUUUCAACUUCUUACAACUUCUCUACUUUAUAUCUAUACAUACAUAUACAUUAUUUUCACUUAUCUAUUAAUAAUCUGAUAAUGGACGGGAAGGAUUGCAAAGCUUAAAUCAUACUUUCCGGACUUUCUUGCAUAUAACUCAACGUUUUCAAAUGUUCGAGCUUAUCUAUCGAUUUCGAUUCUCUUGCAUUAUCACGUUACCUCAUAGGAUAUCACUGAUCGCUUGUAGAAAGCUGACGAAAAUAAUUGCUAUCGUUGAAAAUGUCUAUGAAAGUCGGCACAUGGUCGAUCAAUCAAACAUCCAAUAAAACGUGAUCCACAAAGUUUAGUUCCGUUCGCGAAUAACCAAAGAAGAAAUUUGACGAUAUUGAAAGCCGAUUCACACUGCGACCUGUCGAAUCUCGGCAACGAUACGCUAGAAAUCUAUAUAGAGAAGGAUCUAAUAUAUUGAAUCUAUUUAUAAUAUUAUAUUCCUGUUAUAAUAAUAUUUGUAUGCUAUACCAACUAAGAGGCUCCUGUAUGAAUAUUAUUAUAAUCCACAUUGACAUUCUAUACAUAUACAUAUAUUAAUAUUAUUAAUAUAUUGUAUUUAUAUUAUAUAUUAUAUGUGUAUAAUACUAAUAUUGUCAAAUACAUAAAUAUAUAUAUACGGUGUUCUUCAACACGACACGAUACGACAGCUGCACUUUUACCAUUGCCGCCUAGUGGGGAUCGGCUUUAUACUUUCGCAAAGGAAUUCGUUUGCAGAGAAAUUCAUUUUUUAAUAUUUCACACCAAAGAAAUAAUCACUAUAAAUAUCUUUUUUAAAUCGUGAAUGGAUAGUGCAAAAUUGAAAUUGGGCAUUCCACAGCGUUGUAUAUUCAAGCAUAAAAAUUAUAUAUUUCCAAGACAGUGUUUCUCUUGGAAGUACCUAAAUACACGGACAAACGACAGAUGAUUUUAUUUGCUCUAAGCAAAAUUGUUGUGUAAAAGGAUUCGUAUUAUCGAAGAGCAAUUAAAAAUAUUUAAAUAUUUCGAAGCUUCUGUAGUUGCAAAGGUGUUGCUGCGAAAUGGUGAGCGAUUAUGAGAUCAAGAAUUAACGAAGAAGGUUGUUGUAAUAAUAGGCAUUUUCUUCGGUAUGUAACGUUACCACACAGAUAUAGAUUAGUAACGCACAAGAUGUUGCGAUAAAUUGUAUUCUAAGGAUGUAACAAACAAUUGUAACGUUUAAACGAGCAGUAUCAUAUAUGUACUCUGUUUGUUUAAAAUAAAUACCCAUUAAGUGUACAAACAACAA